AUGUUCAACGAGAUAUUCAUGGACAACCCACCGGCCCCGGCAUCGAGAUCUCCUCAUCCGGAGAGCCCAGUGAGCCCACACACGGCCCCGCCGGGGGGCGGAGGUCCUCCGCCGCCCCGUAAAUCUCGAGUCGCUCUCGCGUGCAAGCGAUUCAGUAGACCGGACGCUGACGAUGGUAGUGUGAUGGCGGUCAUCCGAGUUGCAGGUCCUUAUCCGGGUGGGAAGUCUUUGUACAUCAGCGCGUUGGAGGAGAGAAUCGCGUUUCUUGAGGCGCGAAUGCCGGACUUCGCCGAGGAUCACUUCGCGAACCCUUCAACAGCCACGAUAUCGACUUCAGGACCACCACCGGAAGCGAAGUCUCAACGGCGAGAAUCCCAAGAUUCCUUCUCUGAAGAAGAACCGUCUUCACUCGUCGACGGGGUGGCAUACUUGUCUCUAUGCGCCUCUGGCACAACGGAUACGGCACCGGAGCCUUUCUACCUGGGUUCGAGCUCCGGUGCGACGAUUGCACGCAUGAUCCAGUCAUCCAUCUUCCACGGAGCCGGCGAUCAGGCCAUUCGCGAUGCGCUGGCGGCAGCGCAACCCGGGGUCCUCCGGCCUCCGCUGUCAGGGGCGUCGCCAUCUUCGCAGUCCGACGAUCCAAUGUCCGAGUUCCCAAGCCCGAGCAAUGCCAAGAUGCUGUUCGAUGUGUUCUUUGACCGCCUUCAUACCCGAUGGCCCAUCCUAGAUCGAAAACUGUACAUCUCUCUGUUCGAGGGUCAAUACAGUCAAGGCGCUCUGCCGAUACAGCAGCGAAGCAUACUGCAUCUAAUCUACGCCAUAUCAGCACGUUUCUUGCAGUUGACCAAGAAGCCAUGUGAUGUCGACCCAGAGCGACACCUGCUUGCGGCGAUUGAACCGAUGGACUUCAUUCUCGAGCACCAUAACCUCGCUACUGUCCAGUUUCUCCUGCUUCUUGCCGUUCACGGCCAACGAAGUCCGUUUGGCGCUGGUUGUUGGUCGCAAGUACGGUAUGCCAUGACUUUUUGCAUCGAACUCGGUCUGCACAGGAAGCACAGCAGCAUCCAGUCGACGCACAGCGCGCUCGACAUCGAGAUCAGGAGGCGUGUGUUUUGGGCUUGUUACUGUUUAGAUCGAAUGACCAGCGUGGUUCUCGGUCGCACGUUUGCCAUUGCUGAUCGAGACAUCAAUGUGGAGCUCCCGAGCGAUGACCCGAUAUUCUGGGAGUUGACAGCCCUCGGCACACCGCCCGAGUCUCCGGAUGCGCCUUGGUCGAAUAUGAAGCCCUUCAUUCAUAUUAUCAAGCUCCGCAGGAUUCAAUCAAGGAUUCAUCGUCGAGUUUACCGUGUCGAUAAGGAUGUAGCUGGGUCUCCGGAAGACAGAGCUAAGCUCGAUACCAAAAUGGCUUCCAUACUGGCUGAGCUUGACGACUGGGCCAGAGCGAUCCCGCAUCCCCCGAAAGGUACCAAGACGAUAACUUGGAUGUACGAUCCAGAGAGCUCUUAUCACGACUCUCGAGACUUUUUCAAUCUGCAGUACCAUAAAUCUGUGCUAUCCCUAUUCACCGUCCUUCUCCCGACGCUGAAUACGUCAGACCCGCGGUUUCUCAUCUGCGCACGCUCGGCCGCCUGCGUCUGCACGACGUACAAGCGCCUGAACCAGCAGAAGACACUGAGCUACACAAUGAUGGCCCUCCACUCAUGUUUUAUCGCAGGACUUACACUCGUCUACUGCCUCUGGCGUGACCGCUCGCUCUUUUCCUACGACGCCCUCGAAGCGACCAGGGCGUGCUCCCAGUCUCUGACCAUUUUCGGCGAGAAGUGGCCCGGGGCCGUCAAGUACCGGGACAUCUUCGACGCCCUUUCCGGGAGUCUCUUCAAGACCAUAGUCAACCCUUCAUCCUCCGAGCCGGGAUCAAAGCCCCUCCGAGUUGACCUCGAAGAAGCCGUCGCACCGCCCGCGGGUCCGGAGAUGGCUCCGAAGAGCGGGGCCGGGGUUCCGGGCGCUGAGACCUCGAAGCCUGGAAUGAGUCAUGCCAUUUCAAACGCCGUCAAAGAGGCCUUCAUGGAGGUCGAUGAAGAGGCGCCCGGUGGAUGGCAGGGCUGGAAGAUGUUUAAUGAGAUGGUGCAUGACGAGUCUGGGUACACGAGGGUGUCGGAGGGUGGGUAUGGCGAAGCGGCUCACGGUGAGUGA